AAAACAUGUUUUGCCAGCGUAUAAAUGAAGCCCAGAACAUUCUUUGCUAAAUAGGAAGAUGAGACGUGGGAAUCCAAUUUAAACCCCAAUUUCAGUAGAUUAGGGUUUUCGCCAUUGAAGCAUGUAGGCAAGUUCUCAUUACUUAUCAUCAGCUGAAUUGGAGUAAAAUGCAGCAACUUGAUCAAGUGAAGGAGAAGCCUGUUCCUCUGAAUAUGGGAGAAGUGAUAAAUGUUCUGAUAUCUUAACUACAACCAGGGGUUUUAUUAUUUUUUCUAAUAAAAUAGUUCAGUGUACUAAAUAUGUGCGUUGAGGGUGUGAAAUAUGUUACCUUGUAGCUGAGAAGCUUGUAUUUUUUUAUCCAAAUGGAUGAGUGGACUUUGAUGGAUUUCUCCCUUUGUCAGAACUUUUCCCAAGCUGAGGAUGUACGGUUGAAGACUACAAGGGCUAGAUUCUCGAAUCUCCUUAAGCGGCAUGCAGAAUUAACGGAGCGACUUUCUAGGGAUUCUGGUAAAUCUGUUUUUGAGCGUUUGCAAAGAGAAUUUGAAGCUGCACAUGCUUCUCAAACUCAAGAAAUAUGUUUGGAUGGUAAGCAAUGGAAUGAUGGGUUAUUAGCUACAAUAAUAGAGCGGGUUCACAUGGAGGCUGAAAGAAAGGCAAUGCUACAGCAAGGGGAUGCUGCUUCAGUGCCCAAUUUACCAUUUCAUGAAAAAAUAACUUACAGAGUUGGAAAUAAAAUGAUCUGUUGUUUAGAUGGACCAAGGAUUGGCGUUCAAUAUGCGACCUCAUUUGCUGGAGAACCUUGUGAGAUGUUCCAUUGUGUUCUUGAAAGCAAAUCGUUUCUUGAGAAAAUGACAGUUCUUGAGCACACAAUACCAUUUUUCUUGCCGAUACGAGAAGCAGAAAAUGAUUAUCUCUCUUCAAAUGCAAUGAAGUUCAUAAAUUACGUUGGGGACUUGCUGCAGGCAUAUGUUGAUAGACGAGAGCAGGUUCGCCUUAUUAAAGAGUUGUAUGGAAAUCAAAUAGGAGAACUUUAUUGCAGUCUUCCAUAUCAUAUGAUUGAAUUUGUGCUCGCAGAUUUCGAUUGCAAAGUGAUCGUCAGCACUAGAUAUGGGGAACUCGUCUCUACGCUUCCGUCAACCGUCAGUGUCCUUGCUUGGCCGAUGCACCAACAUAAGAAACUUCAAACUUCUGUAGCACCAAUCAGCAGGAAGGAAAGCCAUGGCAAUCAACUAGUUCCUGCCCGACUAGCAUAUGCUGAGGAUGCAUUGCGUUCAAUGAGUCUACCCAAAGCUUUCGCAGAGAUCGUUCUGAGCAUGCCUAAAGCUCUCGAGGAAGCAUUUCCGGAUCAAAGCGCGAAUUCCCGUGUUUCCUCGCAGUAGAGGUGGAUGGAUGGCAUCAUGCAUAUAUAUUAGUAAAGGAUGAUACAUUAUUUACAAUCCUUCUCCAACAUCAAAGGUUUGUACAUUGUAAUGCAUUUCACCUUCCUCACUCAUGGCUGAAAACCUACAGUUUUCCGGGAAGAAACAGUUGCUCGAUCGGAUCAUGUCAAGUUGAGGCCAUAAGUUUCGGCACAGUUAGAUGAAAACUUCCCUUUUACUGGAUUUGUGUUAAUGACGACCGGUGAAGGGCAGAAUCAUCUGGCGGAGUACUCCCGAUCGAGGCCAAAGCAUUGAAGAAUGAGGCCAAAACCGGAACGUCCAAGUUCUGUGUGCAUGUUAUUGAUCAAAUGCUUCAUCAUGGAUUAAUUAUCUUCCUUCAUCAUUUUCUCAAAGUCUGAUCAAAUUCAUAAUACUGGAGUAAUAUUUUAUGUAAAAAAAUAUAAAAUGCUUCAUAAUGGUCUGUUGGUGCAUGCUGCCUACCAGAUGAGGUGCAUAACCCGAGCUUCGUUUUGUUUAGGAAAACAUGGUUUCUUCUUGGUAUCCCGGAGAAACCUGGUUAAACUUUUUCCUCUAGAAUGUGUGUUGAUGAAGUGAAGUGAAUUGAAGGCUCUUGAUCUGUAGGUGGUGAUGCUUAUGAAGCUAUGGCCAACGAAAUCAGCAUUUCCUUUGCUCUAUUUUACUUGAACAAGAAGAAGAAGAAGAAGAGGAGGAUGAAGGACAAGCUGGAUUAUGUAUAGAAUUAGUAUAACAUUGUAUCUACAAAUCUUAUGAUAACUAACAUCAAGAGGAAUGGAGUCAUGGAGAUGAUACUAUCUAUUAAUGUGAAAUUAACUAAGCUUCCCUUUCUUCUA